GUUUGUUGGCACUGAACUUGUGAUCCAGACAUAAGAGCUAACAAUUGAUGCUUCCAAGUGCAACAUACAGUAAUAGUAUAUUGCCUCAUAUGACAUCACAAUAUGUUCACAGGGCAAAGUCUGGUGAUAAAGUGAGAAACUCAUACAUUAAAACAAUGAAUGAAUAAACAAUAGUUAAUCUACAUGUAUAUACUUGUAGUAUGAUACAUGUGAUAUGUGUAGUAGCACAUGCUGUAUCAUUUGAACUUUAGGUAGAACCAUACUGAACAGGAAGUUACCUAUCUCAAAUAGUUUGUUAUACACACACAUUACAUUGAUAGAAUAGUACAGUAAAUUGAACAUUUAAAUGAUGUCUCCAAAUAUCAUCAAAGAAGCUUGCAAAGAACAAACUGAUGAUACCAUGGAAGCGAAUAGAGAAGCAACAAACUGUACCCAACUUCUCGGCAACAGUCGUCAUAGUGAUACAGAAGAUGUUACUAGCAAGGACAUUGCUACCAUGAAAGAUUCCCCAGAUGUUGAUGUGAUCAGAGAACCACAUACAAGUACAACAUUCAAGUGGAUCAAAACAAUAUGUCUAUAUUUGGGCUUUGUUGGUUUGGGCCUAAUAGAGACUCUUAUUGGACCAACACUAUUGGAUCUGAAGGAGCAAGUCGGAGUUGAUACAGCACAAAUCUCCAUCCUCUUCACAACACAUUCGGCUGGAUACAUGUUGGGCUCUAUCAUAGGAGGAUAUCUCAUAGAUAGGUUCAACCAGUCACUGAUCAUCGCAUUCGCCCUAUUUCUAGGAGGCGUAUUUGCAGUUGUUUCUCCAUGGUUUUAUAACUUUGGAUUGGUGGCCCUGUUCCUUGGAUUCCUGGGUGUCACCAGUGGUAUGUUAGACACAUGUGGAAAUGUGAUACUAAUGCUGAUUUGGGGAAUAAAAAGUGAUCCAUUCUUCCAAUUUCUCCAUUUUGCCUUCGGUGUUGGUGCAACAAUAACUCCACUAAUUGCCCAGCCAUUUAUAUCCAAAGAAAUCAUAGGGACUGCACAAAUGCAUUCCAACUUGUCAGAUAUAGAAUCAACAUUAAACCCAUAUGGAUCAGUCAAUUCAACUGGCUUUGGAAAUAGUACAUCUGAAGUUUCACUCAAUUCAGCAUACUUUAAUGGAAAUGGUACCUCUGGAGAUGUACAUAUAGUUGGGAGGACUGAAUCUAAAGUGCAAUAUAUCUAUCUUAUUGUUGGAUUAUAUAACGCCACCUUUGGGAUCUGUUUUUUCGUUAUUACUGCAUUUGGUAAGAGGACCAUACGUGCAUUGAAAUAUGAAAGUGAUGAAGACCACGAGGAAACUUAUGGAACAAUGACAUUGAAGUAUAAAAUUCAAAUGCUUAUAUUUUUAUUUAUGAUAUAUUUUCUAUACUGUGGGAUGGAGGUCAGCGCUGGUGGACUUGUGAUGGCAUUUUCUAAAGAGGGUCUUGGUUGGCCUAAAGAGCUGGGGCCUAUGCUUACAUCAACAUUCUGGGGUGCCUUCAUGGUAUCUAGACUUGCAGGAGUAUUUCUAACCAAGAUAUUAUCUCUAACUCAAAUGAUUGCAGUUGAUAUGCUUAUUGCCUUGAUUUCAUUUCUCGUCAUGGCGAUUUUUGUAAAUAGUCAUUAUAUUGUGCUAUGGAUUACUAUGGCUACUGCUGGUAUUGGCAUGGGAAGUGUGUUUGCUUCUGUGAUGUCAUGGUACCAGCGUAAUGUUAUGCCGGUGACUGGGUAUGUAGCUGGAUUAUCCCUGGUAUCAGCCUCUAUCAGUGGAACAACAGUCCCUCUCCUCACUGGGUUCAUCAUGAACAAGGUCAACUACAUGGGUUUUCCAUAUAUGCUUUUAGCAUUACAAUUUGGACUAACCAUCAUCGCAGGGUCAAUUUAUUUGUCAGUAAGGAUGCAUAAAAAGGCUUGCGCCAAGGAAAAUGGUAAAAGGGACCCUGUUGAGGAGGUUGAAAUGAUGAUGGCUGACAAAAAGCAGACUUGAUUAUUUAUGGCUAAGGAAAGAAAC